ACCAGCGGACUUCACUCCGUCCCUCCGCUGCGCCUGGAGCUUCAAAGCAAAGACCCGCUAACCCAUGCGGGGAUUAGAUACUACCAACACUAGUGGGGUUUUGGUCAGCCUACAGUUCUUCUCAGCAGAAGGGUAAUUUCGUUUAGGAAAGAAGGCGAAAGGGAGAGAAAGGGCGAAGGAAUUAAAACCGUUUCUUCUGCUGUCGGUUGAGGAGAGUAGAUGAGUCAAUGGCCGGAGCUCAGCCAGGAGUUCACGCGCUGCAGCUCAAGCCCGUGUUUGUGAGCGAGAGCCUGAGAAAUGGCAACAAAUUUAUGAAAUGGGAUGAUGACUCUACUACGGUGACCCCUGUGACCUUACGAGUCGACCCCCAGGGCUACUUCCUGUACUGGACUGACCAGAACAAGGACACUGAUCUCCUGGACAUUGCCUACAUCAAGGACGCCAGGAAUGGAAAAUGCACAAAAACGCCAAAGGACAUGAAGCUGCGAGAGCUUCUGGACGUGAGCACCCUGGUGGGGAAGAUGGAGAACAGGAUGCUGACGGUGGUGAGCGGACCAGACAUGGUCAACAUCACAUAUCUCAACUUCAUGGCCUUCCUGGAGGAGAUCGCCAAGGAGUGGGCAGAAGAGUUGUUUGGCCUGGCGUCUAACCUACUGGCCCAGAACAUGUCCAGAGAAGCAUGCCUGGAGAAAGCAUACACACGACUGAAGCUACAGCUCAACUCUGAGGGAUGCAUCCCUGUCAAGAAUAUCUUCAGGAUGUUCUCAGCAGACAGGAAACGAGUAGAGACAGCUCUGGAGAACUGCAACCUCCCUUCUGGGCGGAGUGAUUGUAUCCCACAAGAAGACUUCACUCCAGAGCUCUACAAAGUAUUCCUCACCAACAUCUGUCCUCGACCAGAAAUAGACAAUAUCUUCUCUGAAAUUGGAGCUAAAAGCAAACCCUACCUGACAGUGGAGCAGCUGACUGACUUUAUAAACGUCCGACAGAGAGACCCUCGUCUCAACGAGAUCCUCUACCCUCCUCUCAAACCUGAACAGGUUCAGAGCCUGCUGGACAAGUAUGAACUCAAUGCAAUGCUGGCGCAGAAAGGUCAGAUCUCGGUAGACGGCUUUGCCAAGUACCUGAGUAGUGAAGAAAACAGCAUCAUCCCCCCAGAGAAGCUGGACCAGAGUGAAGACAUGACCCUACCACUGCCUCAUUACUUCAUCAACUCCUCCCACAACACAUACCUCACAGCGGGUCAGCUGGCAGGUAACUCGUCGGUAGAGAUGUAUCGGCAGGUCCUCCUGUCAGGUUGUCGCUGUAUCGAGCUGGACUGCUGGAAGGGACGCACCACCGAAGAAGAACCUGUCAUCACACACGGAUUCACCAUGACAACUGAAAUCUCCUUCAAGGAAGUGAUUGAGGCCAUAGCAGAGUGUGCCUUCAAGACCUCCCCUUUCCCUGUCAUCCUUUCCUUUGAGAACCACGUGGACUCGCCCAAGCAGCAGGCCAAGAUGGCGGAGUACUGCAGGUCAAUAUUUGGAGACAUGUUACUGACCGACCCUCUGGAGAAGUACCCUUUGGAGACAGGGGUGCGCCUGCCCAGUCCAAUGGAUCUGAUGGGAAAGAUUCUGGUGAAGAACAAGAAGAAACACAUCAAGACAUCGAGUACCAAGAAGAAACUGUCAGAACAGGCCUCCAAUACCUACAGCGACUCAUCUAGUGUGCAUGAGCCCUCUUCUCCCAGCGCAGGGUCGACCAACCUGGAGAUGACCGAGUCCUCCCAGCCAAUAGAAGUCGCUGGGCUCAGCCUCAGAUCACAGGGAAGGAAGUUCAUUGGUGAAGUUGAGGCAGAGAGUGACGAUGAGGAUGAUGAUGACGAUGACUGUAAAAAGGGGUCCAUGGAUGAGGGUACAGCGGGCAGCGAGGCGUUUGCCACAGAAGAGAUGUCCAACCUGGUCAGUUAUGUCCAGCCAGUCAAAUUUAACUCCUUCGAGGCCUCCAAAAAGAUCAAUCGGAGCUAUCAGAUGUCAUCGUUUGUGGAGACCAAAGCCUUGGAGCAGCUUACUAAGUCACCUGUGGAGUUUGUUGAGUAUAACAAGCUGCAGCUGAGUCGUAUCUACCCUAAAGGCACCAGAGUAGACUCCUCCAACUAUAACCCUCAGCUCUUCUGGAAUGCAGGCUGUCAACUGGUGGCCCUGAACUUUCAGACCAUAGACCUGUCCAUGAUGUUGAACCUGGGUAUGUAUGAGUACAAUGGAAAGUGUGGUUACAGGCUGAAACCAGAGUUCAUGAGACGACCAGACAAACACUUUGAUCCCUUCGCUGAGAGCACUGUGGACGGCAUCGUAGCCAACACAUUGUCUGUUAAGAUCAUCUCAGGCCAGUUCCUGACUGAUAAGAAGGUGGGGACAUAUGUGGAGAUAGACAUGUUUGGUCUGCCAGUGGACACCAGAAGGAAGGGUUUUAAGACCAAGACGUCUCAGGGCAACGCUGUCAACCCUGUCUGGGAGGAGGAGGCCUUUGUCCUCAAGAAGGUGGUACUGCCCACUCUGGCCUCGAUGAGGAUAUCUGUGUUUGAAGAUGGAGGGAAGUUCAUUGGCCAUCGCAUCAUUCCUGUGAAUGCCAUCCGCCCAGGUUAUCACUACAUUGGUCUGAGGAAUGAGAAGAACCAGGCUCUAACCCUCCCUGCUCUGUUUGUCUAUGUAGAGGUCAAGGACUAUGUCCCUGAUACAUUUGCAGAUGUCAUCGAGGCAUUGUCCAAUCCCAUCCGUUACGUCAACCUGAUGGAGCAGAGAGCCAAUCAACUGGCAGCUCUCACUUUGGAGGAGGGGGCAGAGGAGGAGGAUAGCAGAGAGGUGGAGGCGGCUGGUGAUGACCCAAUGGAGCCUGACCCCCGGGUGACCUUGCCAGCAGAGAACGGGGUCAGCCACGUCCCCAUCAUCUCCUCCAAACCCCCCAGCCUGGUCAGCCACCAGCCACAGCCCACAGGUUCAGUGAAAAUUGCAGUGAAGACUGAGGACGUCAUUCAGAGUGUUCUCACAGAGAUGGAGGCCCAGACAGUAGAGGAGUUGAAGCAGCAGAAGGGCUUUGUGAGGGAGCAGAGGAAGCAGUAUAAAGAGAUGAAGGAGUUGAUAAGGAAACACCACCGUAAGACCAGCGAGCUGAUCAAGGAGCACACGGCCAGGGCUGCAGAGCUGCAGAACCAGCACCAGCGCAGGACCUCCGCGCUGCAGAAGAGCCACAAACGUGAUGGUAAGAAAAGCAGGUCGGAGCAGUCCCUGUCGACCCUGGAGCAGGAGCUGUGUGUGUUGGACCAGGAGUCCAGUCAGAGACUGUCUGAGCUGAAGGAGAAGCAGCAACAACAGCUACUCACACUGAGACAGGAGCAGUAUUACAGUGAGAAGUACCAGAAGAAAGAACACAACAAAAUGCUGUUGGAGAAGUUGACAGCCAUAGCUGAGGAGUGUCAGAGUGCCCAGCUGAAGAAGAUCAGAGACAUCUGUGACAAGGAAAAGAAAGACGUGAAGAAGAAGAUGGACAAGAAAAGACAGGAGAAGAUUAAUGAAGCAAAGGCCAACAACAAGAACGUGACAGAGGAAGAGAAGCUGGAAAUCAACAGGUCAUUUGUCAAUGAGGUGGUGCAGUAUAUCAAACGGUUGGAGGAUGCUCAGAGUAAGAGAAUGGAGAGACUACUUGAGAAGCACAAGGACAUCAGACAGCAGAUUGUGGAUGAGAAACCUAAGCUACAGAGUGAGCUGGACCAGGAGUACCAGGACAAGUUCAGACGGUUGCCUCUAGAGAUCCAGGAGUUUGUCCAUUACAGCAACAAGGCCAAGCUUAGCGACGACAGUCCCCAUGGCAACCUGUCUCUCUCCUCGACGACCGAGAGGCUCAACCACAAGUCACAGUCGGAGGACGAUACAGAAGACUCGUCGGAAAGAGUGUUUGACACGCCCCUUUAGGAC